AUGGCGCCAAAUCUCUUUAUCUGUCUUCGCGCUGUCUUCUGCCCGACAUACUGGUUUCAACGGGGCGAGCGUAUCCAAGGUUCCAUCCACAAAGAGGAACACUGGGAAUCCCCCGUUCCGGGUAUCUACAAAUACAUACCGGCUCACGGAUGGCAUCUCGUCCACAAAGAUGGCAGCGAACACGAGGAAAAGGCCCCCGUUCCACUUGUUUACUGCCGCAUUCUCCACCGCUUCAUAUUUGAGCACGAGAUGGAAGAUAGAUGCCGCUGGCGUUCGGUCAUUUUGCACGAAGGUGCGGAGCCGGAGAAGCUGCUCUUCUUCCUCCUUGACGACGGCGAUACCUGGGUUGCCGGAUGGGAUGCCAAAGGAAAAUUUAUUCCCGGACCUUAUCAAAAAUGGAAUUACGACCCUGACACGAAAACUAUGCAGCGAGUACUGUCUCCCGAGAGCCCCGAUGUCUCUCGGUGCAGCAGCAUCGUUCCUAGCAAGUGGGAUUAG